AUUCCUUAACGUUUCUACUUCCGGUUCACUUGACGCAAUCUCCGAGUACUCUCGCCACACUUGCUGUUCUUUUCGUUCCCUUCUAACCAAACCAGAUUCUUCAAAGCAUUCUCAUCGCUGUUCCGCAGACGUUACUGAAGAAGAUCUUCACCCUGAGAAACACGAUCCCAUCCACUUUAAACAGGAGGAGGAGUCGGAGAUGUUGUGUAUUAAACAGGAAGUGGGGCCAGACACCCCCUGCAUUAAAGAAGAAGAACAGGAAGAAGAAAUCUUUCCAGUGACCGUCAGUGUGAAGAGCGAAGAAGAUGAAGGUCCCAGCGAAGAGAGCGGAGCAGCGAAACUUUCGAGCAACAGUUCCUUUCAGCACCUCACAACAAAAGAAGAGGGACAAUCGCAACCGGAUAGCCUCUUAGCUCCGCUCUCAGACAGCGACGACAUAACGUCACACUCUUCUGACUUUAACACUGAUGAGGAGGAUGUUGACUCUGACCAAAAUGCUUGGAAAUCCUUAAACAAGUCACCAUUGAAAAGAGAAACACAAGAAUGUGCGGGUGGGAAACCGUUUGGCUGCAUUCUGUGCGACAAAGGAUUUUCUCGGAAGACUGAUUUAGAAAGGCAUCAGCGUACACACACUGGAGAAAAGCCUUUUGUCUGCACACAUUGUGGUCAAAGAUUCGCCGAGAAGAAAAAUUUAAACAGACACAUAAGAAUACAUACUGGAGAGAAGCCUUUCGCCUGCUCACUUUGCAAUAAAAGAUUUCCUCGGAAGACAAAUAAAGAAAGGCAUAUGUUUACGCACACUGGAGAGAAGCCUUUCGCUUGCACACUUUGCGAUAAGAGAUUUUCUUGGAAAAAUGAUUUAAAAACCCAUAUGCGGACACACACUGGAGAGAAGCCUUUUGUCUGCACGUGUUGUGGUAAAAGAUUCACCGAUAAGAAACAUUUAAACAAACACGCAACCACACACAGUGGAGAGAAGCCUUUCGCCUGUUCGAUGUGUGAGAAAAGAUUUUAUUUUCAGUCUGAGUUGACAACACACACGCGGAAACACACUGGGGAGAAACCUUUUGCCUGCACACUCUGCGACAAAAGAUUUUCUCAGAAGUCUGAUUUAAAAACGCAUAUGCGUAGACACACUGGAGAGAAGCCUUUUGUCUGCACGUGUUGUGGUAAAAGAUUCACUGAUAAGAAAAUUUUAAGCAAACACGCAAGCACACACAGUGGAGAAAAGCCUUUCGCCUGUUCCAUGUGUGAGAAAAGAUUUUAUUUUCAGUCUGAGUUGACAACACACAUGCGGAAACACACUGGAGAGAAACCUUUUGCCUGCACACUAUGCGACAAAAGAUUUUCUCAGAAGUCUGAUUUAAAAACGCAUAUGCGUAGACACACUGGAGAAAAGCCUUUUAUUUGCACGUGUUGUGGUAAAAGAUUCACCGAUAAGACAAAUUUAAACAAACACACAAAAAUCCACACUGGAGAGAAGCCUUUUGCAUGCACGCUUUGCGACAAAGGAUUUUCUCGGAAGACCCAUUUAAUAAUACAUAAGCGUUCACACACUGGCGAAAAACCUUUUGUCUGCACAUGUUGUGGUAAAAGAUUCACUCAGAAGAAAAAUUUGAACGGACACGCAAGAACACACACUGGAGAAAAGCCUUUCUCCUGCUCAAUUUGUGGUAAAAGAUUCACAGAGAAGGGGAAUUUAAACAAACACGCAAGCACACAUAGUGGAGAGAAGCCUUUCGCCUGCUCCUUUUGUGAGAAAAAUUUUUACUCUCAGUCUCAGUUGACAACACACACGCGUACACACACAGGAGAAAAGACUUUGUCGUAAAAGAUUCUAUCUGAAGAGAACUUUAAGCAGACAUGCAAGAACACACGUUGGAGAAAAGCUUUUUGUGUGCACGCGUUAUGGGAAAAGAUUCAUUGAGAAGGCAAAUUUAAACCAACGCACAAAAGCCACACUGGAGCGCAGUAUUUUUCAUGCACGCUUUGUGACAAAAGAUUUUAUCGGAAGACUCAUUUACAGUGUACCACAAAAGUAAGUACACCCCUUGCAUUUCUGCAGAUAUUUAAGUAUAUCUUUUCAUGGGACAGCACUGACAAAAUGACACUUUGACACAAUGAAAAGUAGUCGUUGUGCAGUUCAUAUAAUACAAUUAAUUUAUUUUCCCCUCAAAGUAACUCAAAAUAUAGCCAUUCAUAUCCAAACCCCUUGGCAACAAAAGUACACCGCAUGGGAACUACAUACAUCCCUAAAUGUCCAAAUUGAGUACUGCUUGUCAUUUUCCCUCCAAAAUUUCACGUGACUCGUUUAGGGCUGCAGCUAUUGAAUAUUUUAGUAAUCGCCUGAAAAUUCGAGUAAUCUGAUAAAACAUUUUUUUUAGGUAAAGAGCAAUUACACAUAUAGAUGAGAAAACAAGACAUUACAUGUAAUAUUGAACCAUUUUCAGUCAAUCAAUGCCUUUAUUUUCGAUGUACAUUGUUGAAAACCGCCAACUAUUGCAUCUCAAAUGUGACAAAAAAAAAGACUAAUUCACUGCUUUCACUCUAAAAACUUUUAGAUCUUAUAAAAAAUAUAUUUCUCACCUAAAAAUGUCAUUAUGCUUGAUAACACACAUGACUUAAAAGUUAGGUGUUUUUCCUACGUGUUUCAAUUGAAUUUCCACUUGUGUCAAGCUAUAAGUUCUAGUUAAGUUUUAAGUUAGUCUAAACUGUAAGUCUUGGUAGGAUUUUGAGUUUUUGCAAUGUUCAAAAUAAAUGCUGUUCUGUAUUGGAGCACAUUAGGCACCAGUGCUACUUGGUGUUUUAUCCAGCAAUUCCUACUGAGCUAAAAUUGACAGUUAGCAUUAUUAUGUUUUUAUUUUACACCCUAAUCACUCUACAGCGCUGUUUUCACAGAUCAAAUAAAGCCUGUAUCUAAGAGAUAGUCAUGCAUCGACAGUGGUCAUAAUGAAUAGAAACCUAGCCCUCCGCAGGGAUAACGUUACGUGAGCGAGUGAAAGUAACGUUAAUCUUAUUUAUGAGCGGCGAGAAGUGUACUGCUUAAAGAUGGCGGCUGUUUUAUUAACGCUGUCGAGUCGGUAAUUUGGCAUCUAGUUCUACGUACAUGUGAUAUCUAUGACACGCAUCAGACGCUACCUGCUAGGCUGCUACCACCGUAGCAACAUGCGGGUGUAGUUUUUAGCAACGUCGGCUCAGUUUGUAACGGCUAUUGGCUGCAGUAAGGUAUUUUUUUAUUGCUUCUUCCUCUACGCACGUGACGUCAGCGCAUUGUCCCACAUUAAAAGUAGUCCGGGCAAAACGUGAUGCUUGGAGCUGGCAAAAUUAAACAAUUCCUCGAGGUGAAUAAAAUUACUCGGAUCAGUUUUUAAAUCGAGUUGCUCGAGUAUUUGUUUAAGCUCUAGACUCCUUACAGGUGUGCUUUCAGCAUUGCUGCAGAGAUUGAAGAGGUGGGGGGAGGGUCAUUCCCACCACCAAGCUUGACUUUAGGUAUGACACACUUAUCUUUGUACUCCUCACCUGGUCGCCGCCACACAUGCUUGAGGCCAUCGGAACCAAACAAAUGAAUCUUCGUCUCAUCAGACCAUAGGACAUGGUUCCAGUAAUCCAUGUGCUUUGUUGACAUGUCUUCAGCAAACUGUUUGCAGGCUUUCUUGUGUCCCGUCUUCAGAAGAGGCUUCCUCCUGGGGUGACAGCCAUGCACACCAAUUUGGUGUAGAUUGCGGCGUAUGGUCUGAGCAAUAACAGGCUGACCUCCUACCUCUUCAAUCCCUGCAGCAAUGCUGACAGCACUCCUGUAAUGAGUCACGUGAAAUUUUGGAGGGAAAAUGACAAGCAGUA